CUUAACCUUGCCUGGCCCCUUCGAAAAAGUGUGGCGUUUAGUUAAGUUCCAAGGGAUCCAACUAUACACUGUAGGCUGUAGCCAAGGAAAUCCCCUUCUUUCGUCCUUCACCCUCCCGGCCGGCGCCGCGGCGGCGAGGGAAGACGCGCAGGCCUCUUCCGUCGCCUCUCCCUUCCGCCUCCGCGGUCCGCUCCGCUCGCGCCCCAUCGAGCGCUCUCCUCCCGACCAAGGGUCCCUCGGUGCCUCCUUCCGCCAGAGGGGGACACGCCGCCUGCCCCGCGGACAGUCGAAGACUCGAAGGGAUUCCUCCUGUCGUCGUCGUCGUCGUCCUACACCUACUCGGCGCUGGGGGGCCGCCGCGUGGAGGGGAUUCCUCCGAGCUUGGAUCGAUUUCUUCUGCACUUGUUGAACUUGGAGUUAGACUAUGGAUCUGGAGACAGAGAAUCGUCUUGCUUCUUUACUACUUGAAGAAGCGCGAAGAUUACAGUUAGAGGCUGACAGGGAAGGUGUCCAUGCGUAUCUUCGAAAGCCUAAUGUAAGGCAUCGUCCAAACUCUCGGUUCCUCACGGCCACAGUUCGUGGAGUUCAGCAAGCAAACCGUGUUGUGGAGGUCAAUGAAAUGUGGCGAGCCAGGGAAAAGGAAUUGGAGUUGGAAUCCAAGAUGAGAAGCGGAAGUAGCAAAAGUAAAGAUCUUUAUGACUCAAGAGGUGAGAAGCGUAAAAGUGACUCCAGAAACCAUAGCUCCAGCUCAAGAGUUGAACAAGAAGGGAUUGCCUACUCCUACUCAGACAAGGAGGAUGGUCUGGGUGAUGAUGAAAUUGAAAGAUUUCUUCAUUCAAGGGUGAAGCGAGGACGUGGGGCUGUUGGUUCUAGGAUGGACGAGCCCGGUCCAUACCUUGAUUUGUUGUCCCAUCGUAAAGACAACGAGCCUAGUCCUGACAUACGUGUGGAAGAAAAAUGGGAACGCCGAGUGCAAGGCCCAGAGAAGCCUUCGUUUUUGAAAUCCAAAUCUCCUGAUGAUUGGCAUAAGGAAUCGUUGGAUGGAAAGUCGUCAAGCUCUGAACCACGGAGCAAGAAAGAAAAGAAACGGAAAUCAGAGAAAAAAGAUAAGAGAGAUAAAAAUAAGGAGAAGUACAAGAAGAAAUCCAAACAUCGUCAUCACCACCACCAGAAAAGCCGAAGAAGGGAGUGAUGUGUCUGUUUGCCAAACAGGACAUUUGUACAAUGGUUCUGCCCUGAAAGAAGCAGCUAGUUGGUUGUUGCUGUAACUUGAAAUCUCUGUUGUAUGAAAAAUCGACACUGCAGAAUGGACUAUGGUUCAUAUGAUAUUGUUGUUUCAUAGUUGUGUUGUUCAAGUCUAGUGUCUAGCCCUUAUCCUAAUAUGAUUAAUUUAACAUUUGAUGAAAGAGUGUUAUGCCUUUUGGCAGGCACACAUAACAUGUCCAAUAUCUUAAGUAUUUGA